UCAGACUGUGAUUCGCACCGCUGUACGCGUCCUGCCGCUGUGAUAGGACCGCCCCCCCAGCUCCUUGCAUCUCUGCCGCCCAGUGCACAGCCUCCCCGCUGCAGCACGGAAGGCUGACUGUGGAAUCUGCCUCGCACGACGUACAGACCAGCACUCGGCAGCCAUCAUGAGCAGCGAACCCCAGCGUGGAAGGUCACCGUCCGCCGGUGGCUUUCAGCCUGAUAUAAACCAAUCUCACUCGCCGGCACGGAGCCCGUUCGCACCCACAAGCGAGCAGCCAUCCAUUGGUCUUGGUCUUGGGAUCGGAGUCGACCUGGAUCCAUCGCAACAACAGCAGCAGCGACAACCACCUCAGCAGCAACAGCAACAGCAACAUCGAGCAUUUACAACAUCUUUGCAUCCCAACUUCGACUCAUUCAACGCAAACGGCUUCCUCGGUGCACAAGCCAACGCUGCCGACCCGAAUACCGGCUUUGACCCCAGCGCGAGCUUCGGACAGCAGCCGGCCACCGGCCCCGACUCCACCCUGUCUUUGAACGCCCAGGCGCAACAAAACUACCUCUCGCCAAACCUGCACGACGGUGAUUUCUCUCUCUUCCCAUCGGCCGCUGAGCAAGGCGAUCAGUACAACGCCCCCCUCUUUGAGCAGCCGCCCCUUGGCGACCUCAAUGCCAUGACCUCUCCGCAUUCGCAUCAGUCUCCGACCCCUCCACGGCUCUACCCGUCCGAAAGUCUCCAGUCGCCCCCCUUCAACCAACAUCAAUUCUCGUCGCCGCCGUCAACCCAUUCGAGGAAUGCUUCUUUAGGGCCUGAGGCCGCGCUUCUUCCCAAUCAGCUCGGCGACUGGACCCAACCGCAAUUCCAAGGCCAUAGGAGAACUCCCUCGGAAUACUCUGACGUCUCCUCCGUGGCUCCUUCUCCUCAUAUGAUUAGUUCCGAUACGUUUGACGCCGACCCAUCGGGCCACUCUCCUCUGCAGAGACCUGCGGACAGCCUCUACCAAGAAGUGCUCGGUAUUGGGUCUUUCAGCUUGGCUGACCCAAGCAGUCCUGGCUAUCACGGCCGAAGCCCCUCGCACAGCCCAGCCAUCAGCCCUCGCAUAAUGCCACAGCAGAUGCCGGAUACUAUGCAACCUUCUUUCAACUUGAUCCCGCCAAACUCCGGGUAUGAGAACGUCUCUGGAUACCCAGACCUACAACCCAACCAUGAGACUUUCCCGCCUCUGCAGGGCGGUAUGGGCGCCGAUAUGCAUCAAAUGCAACCACCGGCCAUCAACAUUGACUUUGCGCCGACUACGAAUUCAAGACAAGGCAGUUUCGAGCCGCCCAAGUCGCAGAUGGAUCAGGAUUCACUAACACCUCCAGAAAGAGGUCGACCCAAGUCUCGCCCGAGGGCGGUUACGGAUCCGUUCCAUCCCGGCAGCGGAAUCCUCCCCCCUGGCAAUUUGGGACCCUCUCUCGGAGUUGAUCUUGCAACCCGCUCCGAUACAUCAUCUCGAUCUUUAUCCCCUCUAGAUCGGCAAUCGGUCGGCUCGUCGGCCUCACGAAGGCGGCAAUCGACUUCCUCAGUGCCCAAUAACGUGAUCGCUUUGCGCCUGGCGGAUCCCGAAUAUCAGAAUAGCCAGGAUGCCGGGACCAGCAAGCGCAUGCAGAAACACCCGGCAACUUUCCAGUGUACUCUAUGUCCUAAACGCUUCACUCGGGCAUAUAAUCUGCGGUCUCACUUGCGCACUCAUACCGAUGAGCGACCAUUCGUUUGUACUGUCUGCGGCAAGGCGUUUGCUCGACAGCAUGACAGAAAGCGACACGAAAGUCUACAUUCCGGAGAGAAGAAAUUUGUUUGCAAGGGUGAUCUGAAAACCGGUGGCCAGUGGGGCUGUGGUCGACGAUUUGCACGAGCUGAUGCCUUGGGAAGACAUUUCCGUUCUGAAGCAGGAAGAAUAUGCAUCAAACCUCUCCUGGACGAGGAAAUGAUAGAAAGGCAACGCCAGUGGCAGGAACAGCGGAUGCAGCAGAACAUGGCACAGAACAUGGCCAACCCGCAGGUUAUGGGCAUGGAUGCUAGCCCUGCUUAUCCCAUGGAUUCCAGCGGCAACUAUGGCCUCCCACAGGCUCUCUUGGCUCAAUAUCCCGCCCUGGCGCAGAUGAAUUGGUCGACCGACAUGGGAGGUGGGCUGGAUGACGAGCUCAGUGGUAGAUCCUCAUUCGAUGCCAGUGACUACGAUGACGGCGACGAUGGUGGAUACAUGAGUAGUUCUGGAGCCAGAUACCCAGAAGAGGGCAUGGGCCAGAAUUACGCCGACAUGAGUUACACUGGAGAGUAUGGGCGCUGAUGGACGAGCAACCCUUUGAUUCCAUUCUUCUUCUUCUUCUUCUGUUACAUGUUUUCUCCUCCCCAUUAUCACUACCCUUUCCCUCCAUCUGUGUUCUUCCCCCCCCUUUUACGGUUUCUUACCACGACGAUGGGUGUUUAAUUAUCGGACUGCCCCCGAACCCCAACUCGGGGAGGCGAGCUUGGUUAUAUAGCGUGGAACGGGUGGCAUUUGAAUUCUGAUAUGUGUGAUUUAUUUUCUUCUUUUUCAUUUUGGAAAACAAAAUUUGAGAUGGCUCGGGUUAUUAGAUGGCACGUCGCAUAGAUACCACCCCUUGAAGCUUAUUGUCACUCCGACUUUCCGCGACAUCACUUUGUGAUGCUGUUGAUGGGACUUGUGUCCUACCGGAUAAAGCCUUGUUCAUUUGUA